AUGGCCGCUCGACGGAGGGGAGCAGAGGCCCUGGUUUCGAUCCGCUAUUGCGGGAUCGAAGGAGGGCAGCGCCACCUCUCCGGCACACCAACGCCACCGGAGGUCAACGCGGCGGCCUGGAUCCGCGGUCGCACGGCGUUGUGGGUCGCGGGAGGCCAAAUCUGGCGCAGGGAGGAUCUAUGGCGGAGCGGUGAGGGAGAUGGCGUCAGGCGGCGCAUGGCCAGGGUGCGGGGCGGGGCGGCGGCUCGGAGGGGAAGACGAUGGUGGUCGGAGGUGGCGCGCCGUGAGGAAGGAGGCUGGGGUCGCUCCGGCGCAGCGAGGAAGGAGGAAGGAGGGAGAAGAUGGAGCGGAUCGGGGGAGGGGAUGGGGGUGGUGCGCGGCAGGGGCGAGGUUGGGGUGGGCCGGCGUUGCAGGGUCGGGGCCGCCGAGUCUGGCCGUCGCGGGGAGGGGCCGUAUCCGCGACCGGGGGGCCGGCCGGGGGGUGGGGCGGCGUUGCAGGGCCGGGGCCACCGAGGCUGGCUGUCGCGGGGCCGGAGCCAUGGUCGUGGGUGGGAUGGGGCGGCGUCGCGGGACGGGGCCGUGGGAGGCCCCGCGAGGAAGGUGGAGGUGAGGGGAUUGGUGAGGCUCCGGUCGGGGUGGGUGUGGCUGCGCGGGGGGUGGGUUGAGUGGGAGGAAGUGGAGUAG